AUGGCCGGACGCUACAGAGCUGCUCUCAGUGCCAUUUCUGCGCGUACGGGCGCCCCGUUGUCUUCUCUGCUUGUUUCUUUUGCUGUCUUGCAUGAAAUCACGGCUAUUGCAUCUUUUGCGGGUGUAUUAUGUGCUGCUCGCGCUUUUGGGGUUGGGGAACGCGUCGUGGACGCCGUAGCAGUCGACGAUGAACCCGCUGGAUGGGCACGGCAGCAGGUGAAGACAUGGGUGCAAGAAGGAACAGUUUGGGCAGAAAGAGUUGGUCAACGAUACGGGAUCUUUGGACUGGAGAAGAAGGAUAGGCAUCUUGCUGGCGACGUAGCUAAUGCUGUCUUUGCUUACGGUGUCACCAAGGCUCUCUUUCCUGUUCGAAUUGGACUAUCGCUAUACCUUUCUCCUGCAUCUUCUCGGAUGGUCGUUGACCCCCUGCCGGAGAGUGCUCUUUCUUUUCUCUGCCAAGUAUGGGGUGUGUGA